GGAACAGGCAGAGGAGGGAGCCAUCAGGGUAGAAGAGGAGCUGCAUGCCUGGAGCCAGAAUGUCCAGCAAAGGCCAGUACCCAGAGCCGGAGCAGGGAUGACUGUUCCCUGCCUCCUGCCUGAACCCUUUGCUGUGCUUUACUGAUGGCCUGGGACAGCUCUUCUUCCUUCUCAGGAUGGACCCCUUUGAGGAAAAGCUGUGGAGGCUGAAGGAGGCCUUCAACACAGGGAAGACAAAGUCGGCCAAGUUCAGGGCUGAACAGCUACUAAAUCUGGGCCACUUCCUACAGGAUAACAGCAAGGAGCUGCAUGACGCCCUGGCUGGGGAUCUGGGCAAGUCAGCCUUCGAGUCAGACUUGAGUGAGAUCAUCCUGUGCCAGAAUGAGGUGGACCUGGCUCUCAAGAACCUGCAGACCUGGAUGAAGGACGAGUCUGUGUCCACCAACAUGCUCACGAAGCUGAGCUCAGCCUUCAUCCGGAAGGAGCCCUUUGGCGUGGUGCUUAUCAUUGCACCCUGGAAUUAUCCAUUGAACUUGAUGAUCAUGCCCCUAGUGGGGGCCAUCGCUGCAGGGAACUGUGUGGUGCUGAAGCCAUCAGAGAUAAGCAAGAACACAGAGAAGGUGCUGGCUGAGCUGCUGCCCCAGUAUCUGGACCAGAGUUGUUUUGCUGUGGUGCUGGGUGGGCCCGAGGAGACUGGGCAGCUGCUGAAACACAAGUUUGACUACAUCUUCUUCACGGGGAGCCCUCGGGUAGGCAAGAUUGUGAUGACAGCUGCUGCCAAACACCUAACGCCCAUCACCCUGGAGCUGGGGGGUAAGAACCCCUGCUAUGUGGACGAUGACUGCGACCCCCAGACUGUGGCCAACCGCGUGGCCUGGUUUCGCUACUUUAACGCUGGCCAGACCUGUGUGGCCCCUGAUUACAUCCUGUGUAGCCAGGAGAUGCAGGAGCGACUGGUACCUGCCCUGCAGAAUGCCAUCACACGUUUCUAUGGGGACAACCCACAGACCUCUCCCAGCCUGGGCAGAAUCAUCAACCAGAAAUAUUUCAAGCGGCUCCAGGGCUUGCUGGGCUGUGGCCGCGUGGUCAUUGGUGGCCAGAGCGAUGAGGGAGAACGCUACAUUGCACCCACAGUGUUAGUGGACGUGCAGGAGACAGAGCCCGUGAUGCAGGAAGAGAUCUUCGGGCCCAUCCUGCCCCUGGUGACCGUGAGGAGCCUGGAUGAGGCCAUUGACUUCAUCAACAGACGGGAGAAGCCGCUGGCAUUGUAUGCCUAUUCCAACAGCUGCCAGGUGAUCAAACAAGUCCUGGCCCGGACCAGCAGCGGGGGCUUCUGCGGGAACGAUGGCUUCAUGCACUUGACCCUGUCCAGCCUUCCUUUCGGAGGAGUGGGAUCGAGUGGGAUGGGCAGGUACCACGGCAAGUUCUCCUUUGACACCUUCUCCCACCAGCGUGCCUGUCUGCUGCGCAGCCCUGGGAUGGAAAAGCUUAACGACCUCCAAUACCCUCCUUACAGUUCCUGUAAUGAGCAGUUUAUAAGCUGGGCCAUGGGCUCCCAGAGCUGCAUCCUCCUAUGAACGCCACCCCCACUCCCUCCUGCUGCCCAGGCCCUGCCCCACCUGAGCUUUCAGCCGCACUCACAUCCCCAGUGGUUCCGAAAGGCAGGUGUCUGGCCCAGCCUGUGCACACCCCACUUCAAGAACUUUUCCUGAACAGACCUGCAGCCAGGCAAGACCUGCGGGUGGCUGGUUCAGUCCCUUUCCAGAGCAUGGCCCCUCGCAGCCCCCUGACCCUCUCCUUAGGCAGAUCUGCUGACAGAGAAACCCCCUCCCCAAGGUUGAGCAGAUCUGGUGACUGAGGGGGACUUCCUUUGUCAGAUCCUAGACAGGGUCCCAGAAGACAGAGCAGUGGCUCCCAGCUGCAUCCACACCUGGAGGGUGGCUUUGUCCCAUCUGAAGUGACAUGAUCUUGAACACUGAUCAGAUUUAU